CAACGUCAUUUGUGGCGCGUCGCCGGACGCGAGUGCAGGAGCGAGCAUAAACCUGCUAUUAUGGAAGAGCUAGGAACAAAACCACCCGCCACGAAGCGGAAAAAAGAGGUAGAAGAGGACGGAGGACUCGGAGGGAUAGAACUGGAGACCAGGCUGAGCGAGCAGGUCCGCCUGUACAGACACCUGUACGAUUACUCCAUGAGGGAGCACAGAGACCACUACAUGGCUCAGAAGUCCUGGAGGAAGAUCGCGCAGACUCUCGGGAAAGACGAAGUUUUCUGCAGGAAAUUGUGGAAGAACCUCCGCGACCGCUACGUGCGGGCGAAGAAACGCGUCCACGCUCAAAGCGAGGAGGGCGAAGCAGAGAAGCCGUCACCGAUUGUCUUGGACAUGGACUGGCUGUGCAACUUCGUCAAACACCGAGAGAAAGACACGGAGGACACUACAACAAAACCAUGCAGCCCUGCAGGGGAGUCACCAAACAUCUGCUCAACGGCGGAAGACUUCUCAUUACCAAUUACCAUCUUGGCCUCUUCCACCGCAUCGGGCCUUCCAGCGUCUCCCUCACCUGCAGAGUCCCCAUCGCCAUUCCUCUGUGCGCCCUCGCCUUCGCCGACUGCAUCCGGACGAAAAAGGACGCACACCGACGAGUCCUUAUCUUUGAGGCUGGAGCAGCUGCAGGUGGAGAGGGUGAAGUUCAUGAAACAGUACAGAGAGAACCAGAAUAAGCAGGAGCCGCAGCAACAAGACACACCACACACACGGUUUGCCAGGGUUUUAGUAGACAUGUUGGGUUCAGUUGACGAGGCCUACCAGCAAGAGGCCAUGCACAAACUGUACCAAGUCAUGUACGAGUACACCACAAAACACCCACGGCUGCCAUCAUGACAUUGUGUUUGGUGGUGUCUCCAUUUACCGUGGCUUUCUCUUGUCAUUGUUGCAUUGCUAUUAAUUAUAUUAUUGUUUGACUUGGGGUUGCAUUGCUUUUCACAUUGCAUUGUGUAAUAAAACAGUGUUUUUCUUAACCAUG